GCCCGCCUCGGCGGGAGAGCGACGCGCGUCCCUCGGCCCGGUCUCCCCCGGUCGGCCUCUCCCGGCCCCGCGCACUCGGCCGUGCCCGCCCCGGGUCGAGUUCAAAAGGACGCGCGGGGCGCCGUCGCCCUUCCCGGAGGCCCGUCUGACUGGAAAGAUCCGCCCCUCCCUCCAGUGCCUGACCUUUAGCCACGAUGACCAGCUUCCCAGCCACACCUCCUCCUCCUCCAGAAGGACUGCUGACAACCCCAAUUCUGCAGGGCCCCGGGACCCUAUCCCCAGAAGCUGAAGAAGCCAGCACAGCACUCAUUGCAGUUGUCAUCACCGUGGUCUUCCUCACCCUGCUCUCAGUCGUGAUCUUAAUCUUCUUCUACCUGUACAAGAACAAAGGCACCUACGUCACCUAUGAGCCCGCAGAAGGUGAGCCCAGCGCCACAGUGCAGGUGGAGAGUGAAUCAGCCAAGGGCACAGAGAAGGAAGAGUAUUUCAUCUGAUGACUCCUGGGCCCUGAGCAGGAUAAUCCUGCCUCUGACUCUUUUCUCUGGAGCCAGCGGAAAGCACUGAUGUGGGCAACAUCAGGCUCCUUCCGGGACACGGGCCCAAGUGCCGACAUCGAUGAAUCCAGGGACGUGGAGGAAGCUGCCUGUGCUGUGUCUACCCUAGCACCCGUGUCACCGAGUGGCCCAAAUGGGGACCAUUGGAGCAGCUGCACAGUCUUCACUUUUCUCACAGGUUGAAGAGAGUGCCAAGUCAGGGCCACUGGCUGCUCCCUGC